GGAAUUUUUCAACUCCGCCAACAACGACAUAUCGAUAUCUUUUGUCAUCACCCUUUCUGUGUCGCAUAGCUAAACCUUUGGUGAAUAUCAACACUCAUCCAUCUGCUUCAUUUUGUAAUACACCACACCACCUAGCCCUUUCUCAAACUGCAAAAAUGGCCAAGAGCAAGAGAGCGUCUGUUAUUAAGAACAACAACCAGAAACUGAAGAAGAAUGUUUUUGGACCUGUUGAGGCCGCUCGCUUGGAGAGAAUUUCUGCCAAGCUCCUCGAGCUUGCUGCUCAGCCCAAGCCCAUCAAGGAGGUUGAGAUGGAGACCGUGAACGAGGAUGAGGUCAAGGAGGCCACCAAGGAUGACUCUGCUAUGGAGGUUGAUUCCGCCAAGCCUGUAAAGGUUGGCAGCAAGAAGAUUGAGAAGAAGAGGCGGGUCAAGAAGUCCAAGAUUGUCUUCCCCAAGUAUGGCGAGAAGUUCAGCAAGAAGAGGAAAUGAGCGACAAGCGGCCACGAUUUGAGCAGCUGAGUUUCGACAGACGACCAAAAG